AUGGAUAGUCCAGAUGAUCUUCUCUACACAUAUUUUUGCCCGAGAAGUCGUAUGUAUGAAACUCGAGUUAUUCGAGCAAAAUAUUUAGCUGAUCAUGAAAUAAGAAAAGCAAAUAUUCUUGGAGGUCAUAUUAAUGUUGUUUCUUUGCAAAGAAUUGUGAGUUUUUUGUUUGAAAUAUUUUAUGCUGGCCAUAAGUUUAAAACGAUCCAAACUCUGUUAACUUAUAUUUAAAAAUGUAUGGGCAUAUUUCCAGUGUCAAAUGCGUAUAAUGGGCGCCUUGUUGAGAAGAAUCAAUCAGCGAACAAUUCAAAACAAGCAGAAUUUAGCAGUUCUCAAAGUAUCGAUUGAACGCUCCAAAACAAGCUCUCGAGGGGUAAUAUUUUUUUUCUUCAUUUUAUUCAUGAUCUAUUGAAAACCCCCUUUCCAGGCUGAUUAUGAAUUGGUUGCUCGUUGUUACAGAAUUUUCACCGAAGAAGAUGUGCGGGAAGAAACAUGCGAUUUUCCGCGUCUCAAUUAUCAAAAUGAAUUUCCAAGCAAAGCAAAAACUGUCACUUUUAUGCUCAACUUGUAA